AUGGUGUCGUCAAGCAAGCUUCUGUUCAGCCGUGCCUCGCUCGGCCGGACCUGUCGUGACCUCUGGCAUCCGCAGUUCGCCAGCUGCCUCGCGUACAAUGUGCACGUCUGGCGCACGAUUCUGCCGGGCAGCUUCAAGCUGUACAUUCCCUUCCUGGUGCUGCCACCGCUGGCGAAGCUGAACGAUGUCGACUGGCGGUACCUUUGGGACCACACGCUCCAGUAUGCGUACAUUUCCUUCUGCACCUACGUCCAGGCGGCCCUCUCCCUAUCGGCCCAGUGUGGAUUGUUCCAUCUCGUCGGAAGGUUGAACUACUGGUGCGUAAUGUUUUGGCCGUGCUUGCUUGGGGUAGCGAUAGGGCCGCCCUUGCCGAAUCAGCUGCUUCGACUGCAGGCCAUCACUUUCUUUAACAUGAGUCUGGAAGCGGCGGUCCGAAAGAGCACCUCACCAGUUGUCCGGUUCGCGCGCCGCUCGAACACGCUCGCCACCGUUAGCUUUAUGGCGUUCAGCUCGAUCAUCCUGACCUGCCUCCGUAGUGGCCUGGCGAAGCAGUUUUGGCUCGUAAACCCCAGCCCGGUUGCGAAGGAGGGGCCGGUUCGGUGCGAACAUCCCGGUUGCUGCCGGCGUCAUCUUCUCGACGGAAUGCUUAAGUACGGCGCGGUCGGCUUGGUGCUGGAAGCUGGCCGGGCCGUCCUGCGUCAAUGGACACUACUGCUAGGGAAUCCGCUUGCGGUCUUCGGUGGCAAAUUUCUCCGUUCGUGCAACCUGCGGCUUGGACUGUUCCUCGCGUGCUACGUGGGCAUCUUCCGGGCAGUUUGCUGUCUGCUUGCCCGCCGUCGGAGCGACGAACAACAACAAGAGAACACCCCGGUGCUGAUGCAUGCCGCCUUGGCCGGCUUUCUGGCCGGCGCACCGUACUGCGUCUACCCAACCUAUCAGAUCUACACGCUGGGCGUGACGAAAGCGAUCGAAAUUGCUUGGGAGUACUGUCUGACCGUACAUUCCCGGUCCACCGCGACCAUCGGGGCGGAAGAAAGCCGACCCAACCUGCGCACGACCGUGCUGCGUCAGCUGCAGCGUUUGCCGAUGUUGCGCCUGGUGCAGAUGUGCUCGUUCGGUUACCUCGGACAUCUGUACGCCUUCUAUCCCCGCGUGUCCCCGGUGUUCCACCAAAAAGCGAUGGACGUGUGCUCCACAGAUCUUACACUCGGCAUGAAGGUACGUCUCAACCGAUGGAUGAAAGAAAUACACUAA